CCAGGAGACAACGGGUCGUCAGUGAAACCGGGCUGAAUUCAUUGACUUCCACGCAUGUAAUGAUCUUUUUUUUUUUUUUUACUGACUUAAUUUUUUUAGGAUUAAAAUUAUGUAGGGACUGCACGUGCAUUUGAAGUGAAAUCAGCUCUCCAUCUCUCAAGACACCAUGGAGAACCAUAGCCUGCGUUUACUCUGCACACCUUUCAUGAGCGUCAACUUCCAAGAGGUCUUUGUGAGCUUUCAAAGAACUUUUCACUUUUCUAACGACUCUUAGGAUGAGCUGUGUUUUAUUGAAGUACCUUGCACACAUUUGAGAGGCUUUUUCCAGUAACAAUUAGACAUGCAGAGCCGUGGUGUGUCCGCGGUGCACUCCUGCCUGCUGCUGCUCUUCAUCCAUGUGAGCGCACCGGCGGAGGCGAGGAGAGUUCACGGCAGCCGGGCGCAAAGUCGGCGGGUGCAGCAGCAGCAGCAGACUCCGGCGCACAGGGAGCGGGUGGAAGGAGCAGAGAGCUUCCCGUUAGACUUUACAGCCGUGGAGGGCAACAUGGACAACUUCAUGGUGCAGAUAAAGAACUUAGCGCAGUCACUGUACCCGUGCUCUGCGCAGAAGCUGGAUCAAGACAUGAAGUUGCACUUUUUGAAGAAUGUUUCUGUGACUUGCAAUGAUGGGUCAGCAGCAGGGUAUUACAUCAAGGAGUCUAAAGGCAGCAAGAGGUGGCUGCUGUUCUUAGAAGGUGGAUGGUACUGUUUCAACAGGCAGACCUGUGACAGCAGGUAUGAGACGAUGAGGAGACUGAUGAGCUCCACCAAGUGGCCACAAACCAGAACAGGAACAGGAAUCAUGUCUCCUCAGCCAGAGGAAAACCCUCACUGGUGGAACGCCAACAUGGUCUUCAUCCCGUACUGCUCCAGUGAUGUGUGGAGCGGAGCCACACCGAAGACAGAUCACAGUGAUUAUGCGUUCAUGGGCUCUCUGAUCAUUAAGGAGGUGGUGAACGAGCUGCUGACCAAAGGACUGGACAACGCCAAGGUUCUGCUUCUGGCAGGAAGCAGUGCGGGCGGUACAGGCGUCCUGCUGAACGUGGACCACGUUGCAGAGCAGCUGGAGUCGCAGGGCCACCGAGGGGUGCAGGUCAGGGGCCUGGCUGACUCCGGAUGGUUCCUGGACAACAAACAGUACAAAUUCACAGACUGCCUGGACACCAUCAGCUGUGCCCCCACUGAGGCCAUAAAGAGAGGCAUCAGGUACUGGGACAGUCUGGUGCCAGAGAGCUGCAGACAGGCUCAUGUGGGGGAGGAGUGGAACUGUUUCUUUGGAUAUAAAGUCUUCCCCACAUUAAAAAGCCCGGUGUUCGUGGUGCAGUGGCUGUUUGACGAGGCCCAGCUGACGGUCGACAACAUCCACCUGACCGGGCAGCCCAUCCACGAGGGCCAGUGGAGGUACAUACAGAACCUGGGACAGGAGCUGAGGAGCACGCUACAUGACGUACCGGCGAUGUUUGCUCCGGCCUGUCUGUCGCACGAACUCAUUACUAGAACCUACUGGAUGGACAUUCAGGUGAAAGGCACCUCCCUGCCCAGAGCCCUCCACUGCUGGGACCGCAGCCUUCAAUUGAACAACCACGUCAACGUCAGCAACCCUAACCCCCAGAAUCAGAAGACCCCACCCGCGAGGGGCUGCCCUCUCCAUUUGAUUGACAGCUGCCCGUGGCCUCACUGUAAUCCCUCCUGCCCAACUAUUCGCGACCAGCUGACGGGACAGGAGAUGAGCGUGAUCCAGUUCCUGAAGCACAUGGGCUUUGACGUGCAGAAGAUGGCCCAGCAGCAGGGGAUGGACCCCAGGAAGCUACUGGGCAUGCUCAAUAACGGGAGCUGAGUGCAGAGAUGAGAAGGGGCUGAACAUCAGUGGAAGACGACAGGAACACGAAAACAAAACUCUAAUAAGAAAACUGUCAAUACUUCCAAACAUUGUCUUCCAUCAACCGCAAACAAGACUCAACUUUUGAAAAACGGACCUCAGAAACUCACAAGUGCCUGAUGAAGACGAGCUGUUUAAACACAACAUAUGGGAUCACUUGUUUAACAUAUAGACAGAUAUAUAUACUGUAGACAUGCUAUUAUUGUGAGGUGGGUACAGUGUGCCUGUGUGUGUGUGUAUAUACAUUAAAUAUGUAUGUGUAGUCGAGACUGUCAUGGCGGUCGGCUAAAAUAGUUUUGAUAGGAAAGAUUGAAAACACCUCCCGGGUUGUUUAGUGGGGACUUGGUUCCCUCUGCUGUCAAGUCUAACUAUCACAUUGAGAGAUAAAACUACGGUGCUGCUGAACUUUCUACCCUCCACCAAAUAUGCUGCUUUUUCUAAUUUUGGAAAAAUAAUAAUUUGAUGGGUAAUAUGUACUAAUAAUAAAGGUACAAAUAUUAAGGUUAUUACUUUGUUCUUCAGGGUGCUUAAAAGUGAAAAAUAUUUAUUUACUGAAAAUAUGUUUUAUAGUCAAAUAGAUUUAGCUACUGUAACAGUGUCCCCACACAUUUUACUAUACUAUUAACUAUAAGUACUAUAAAUGCUAAUUGUACAAAUUAUAUCCAUAUUAUCUUUAAGGCUGUCAAAUUCGUAACUUUGUCUUUCUUGUGCUGCCCCGACCUUAUAGAAGCAGUAAUGAAUACAAAUGCAUGUUGAUAUGAUAAAACAUAAUUUAAUAACUACAGUAUGACAGUGGUUGUUAUUUAAAAAGGAGCAACUUAAAAAACAAAAACAAGUAGUUUCCGGUAUAAUCAUACUCACACCAUCAACUUCCAAAGUUAACCUACUGUCCAACAUACAUACUGAUACAAUUAGUAUAUAUAAUUUUUAAAUGAAAAAGCAUUAAAAAAAAAAACAUUGUGGAGUACAUACAGUUUUGUUGCACCA